ACGCCGUGUAGAGAGUCUCAGAGAGCUUCUUCUCUCUCACUGUCUCACCAGUGGUUAUUUAAGCGAACCGUAGUAGGAGCAUCAGUGCAUGCCCAGUGCUCUGUGAUCCCGCUAGACGGCACGAUGUACCCACGGACAACCACCUGUUUUCUCGCCGCCGCCGUCGCCCUCCUCCUCCUGCUGGCCUCCUAUCCAUGCGCGGCCGCCGCACUUCGCCUGCCGCCGCCCCCUCCAGUGCUGCUGCUAGGUGGCGACGCCGGUGCUUUCGGCCGGAGCGCGGCGCGUGAGGGGAAGGAGCUGGCAGUGGGAGCUGCCAGGCGCUUGGGGCAUAGGACGCCGGUGUGGAGGCCUCCCUCGCCGAGACCCCAGGCCAGCCAGGGGGUGUACACGCCGACGCCGCCACCGCCGACGUCGAUAAACGAAUAGGGGGCCGGCUGUCCGACGGCAUGCAUGUUCGGGCACACUAUGCUGUCUUCCUUCGAUCGAUCAAUAUCUCCUGCUUUUUCCAGGGUGUUGCGUGGAUAUGCACCAGAGGAUAAAGGACGGCUUGCUGCCGUGUACGAAAGCACUGUCGUUAGUGUCAAAUAAGUUGGAGUCAGUUCAAUAUAGUACAGCCACUCGUAUGAUGCUCUCAUGCUCACUUAUCUCCAUUCUAUGAAGUACAACUACAGUAGUUUUUUUGUUUAUGAAAAAGAUCAGAUCAAUUGUUAAAGGUGCUUGACCUUGUCGAUGAUAGUUGGAAAG